UACCCUGUCAGGACAUCGACCGACAAAUGCGGCGCAGCCUUCAGUCUGCCCAGUCGUCCACAGCUCACAACCCGCGGAUUUACAAUCAACAAUUUACACAUAUUUCUGCCCAGGGAUACAUUUAUCUCACACCGAUAUAUUUUCUAAAUAUGAGGUGGUUUGUUUCUCCAAACAUGGUCUAGCUAGUGUCUCUGAAGCAGCAGCAGCUAGCACUGAGCCAGGAUGUCCAGCAGCUCGGGCUACCCCCCCACCCAGGGGAGCUUCGGCAACGAGCAGGGCCGAUACCCAGCACAUUCUGUCCAGUACUCCUUCACCGGCUCGCGCCACCAGCAGGAUUUCUCCAUCCCAGACUAUCGGACUCACAUGCAAGAUGCUCAGGGUCGAAGGAGACCAUCGUUAUUGUCUGAAUUCCACCCUGGAACUGAAAGGCCUCCAGAGAGACGCCAUGGUUACGAACAGCAGUUUCACUCGGCGCAGUCUGAGCAUGAGGCCUUGGAUUCUAAACGCCCUCGCAUGGAGACUGUUGCCGAGGCUCACAUCUCACGAACACCUUCCACUGCCGGGGGGAUUCUAAUGCCCAUAGGCCAUUCAGUACAGGACAGUCUGAGAACCUCUGCAGACGUCAAAAAGGACUCUCAGUUCUCUGCCAAAGUAGAGUCCACUUCCCAAGGAGGACAUGCACUACACAUGGGGGAUGACCAGGACGCUUCUCCCUCUAAACUAUCCAAGGAGGAGCUGAUCCAGAGUAUGGACCGUGUGGACCGAGAGAUUGCUAAAGUGGAGCAGCAGAUUUUCAAGCUAAAGAAAAAGCAGCAACAACUGGAAGAGGAAGCAGCAAAGCCGAUGGAGCCAGAAAGGCCAGCGACCCCUCCCCCAGUGGAGCACAAGCAUCGCAGCAUAGUCCAGAUCAUCUACGAUGAAAACAGGAAAAAAGCUGAAGAGGCCCAUAAAGUCCUGGAAGGUUUUGGUCCUAAGGUUGAGCUGCCCCUCUACAAUCAGCCAUCAGACACAAAGGUGUACCAUGACAACAUCAAGACCAACCAAGUGAUGAGGAAGAAGCUGAUUCUGUUCUUUAAGAGGAGGAACCACGCUCGUAAACAGAGGGAACAGAAGAUCUGCCAGCGCUACGACCAGCUGAUGGAGGCGUGGGAGAAGAAGGUUGAUCGAAUGGAGAAUAACCCCAGACGCAAAGCCAAGGACGGCAGAACACGGGAGUAUUACGAAAGGCAAUUCCCCGAGAUCCGCAAGCAGAGAGAGCAGCAGGAGCGAUUCCAGAGGGUUGGACAAAGAGGAACAGGCCUUUCUGCGACAAUCGCAAGAAGCGAGCAUGAGAUUUCUGAAAUCAUAGAUGGCCUUUCUGAGCAGGAGAACAACGAGAAACAGAUGAGACAGAUGUCAGUCAUCCCUCCCAUGAUGUACGACACUGAGCAGAGGAGAGUGAGGUUCAUCAACAUGAACGGCCUGAUGGAUGACCCUAUGAAGGUGUACAAAGCCCGGCAGUUUAUGAAUGUUUGGACCGAACAUGAGAAGGAGAUCUUUAAGGAGAAGUUUGUCCAACACCCAAAGAACUUUGGCCUAAUUGCCUCUUAUCUGGAGAGAAAGUGUGUUGCCGACUGUGUCCUUUACUACUACUUGACCAAGAAGAACCACAACUACAAGACGCUGGUGAGGCGGAACUAUGGCAGACGGAGAGGACGCAACCAGGUAAAUCAAAUAACGCGUCCCUCACAAGAAGAAAAGUCAGACGAGAAAAACGAAGAGGAAAAAUCUGAGAAAUCCGAGAAAAAAGAGGACGAGGAAAAGAAGGACGAGGAAGAGAAAGAUGAAAAGGAGGAUUCUAGGGACAUUGGCAAGGACAAAGACAAGUGUGACGGUGGGGAGGACGAGGACGGAAAGGAGCAAAACACGCCGCGUGGCAGGAAGACUGCCAACAGCCAGGGCCGCCGUAAGGGAAGGAUCACCACACGCUCCAUGGCCAAUGAGGCUGCAUCUGUGGCGGCUGAGGAGGUACCUCCCCCCGCCCCCGAGCCUGCCCUGCCAGAUCCUCCGCUGCUCCCCAAGCCGGAUCCAAUGCAGAAGUCACUGAAGGAGCCUGCAAAACCCCAGACUCCAGUAGCUUCCAUGGAUGCUAACAAAGCUGGUGCAGGUGAAACCGGAGAAACUUCUCGCUGGACCGAGGAGGAGAUGGAGGUCGCCAAAAAAGGGCUAGUUGAACAUGGGCGAAACUGGACCGCCAUCGCCAAAAUGGUGGGCACCAAAAGCGAGGCACAGUGCAAGAACUUCUAUUUCAACUACAAGAGACGUCACAACCUGGACAACCUGCUCCAGCAGCAUAAGCAGGAUACACGGCGGGCACGUGCCGAUAGGUCUCAAGGUGAAGGUCUCGCUAAUGCGUCACCCGAUGAUGAGGAUGACGACGAUAACGCCGAUGACAGUGAAGGCGGUGACAACAGCUCCGAUACAGAGAGCGCUCCCUCCCCCUCUCAGUCUGGAGACUCGAAGAGGGCAGACGGCACUGCAGGAGAUGCUCACUGCUCUGAUCAGGACAAAGGUCAAGCCAGUAAUGGAAAGGGCCUGGAGCCUUUAUACGGAGGACUCUGUGUAAAGGAGGAGAAAAGCCCCGAGAGCGAGAGCGGAUCUCAGGAGGAGAAGGCCAGGAUGGGUCCCUACGGAGGCUCUGUGCACCCCAAAACCGAACCUCAGGACACGGACAUGAACUCCGGAGAGGUUCAGGUGAAGAUGGAGCCUGAGAUGAAGGAGAGAGGAGAGAAAGGAGAUCACAGCGAGAGGCACAGGGAGCUCCACUCAGAUAAUGACUCCAGUGCCACCUGCAGUGCUGACGAGGAUGUGGAAGCAGAGCCUGAGAGACAGAGAAUGUUCUCCAUGGAAAAGCCUUCGAUGCUCAACCCUCAGGGCUCGGUGCUGGUGUCUUCACCCAAGCAAGCCCAACUCAACAUCCAGCAGAUGCAGAAGAGGGCAGCUGCCAUCCCACCUAUGAUGCCUGGUUCUUAUGGCCCCGGUGGUGUGCCAAUGAGUGGCUUUGCCAUGUUGCAGCACCAGAUCAAAGCAGUGCACGAUUCAGCGCACCAGGAAGAGAAGCAGCGGCAGGAUCACGGAGACCUGGAGCGAAGACCGCCCUUCAACACCCGCAGCCCCACUGUUAUAGACAGAGAUGGUAAGCCCUUACCCUACAUGCCUUAUGAAAUGAAGCUGGCUCUGGAACAGGAGAUGCACUCUGGUCGGCCAGGCUCUCCCUACAGACUCUCCCCCAGGGAGAUGAGCAGAGCCUCACCCCAGCCUGACCCCAACGCCCCCAAUGCCUCCCGCUACAGUGUGCCACCAGUCCUCCACCCGGCCCCCAACCAGCUGGUCCAGAGCAUGGCAGACGGAGUCCGCGUGACGUUCAGCAGACCCAGUCGACCUCCCAACAUUCCCUCUCCUCCUCCACUCAUUCCAACCACCAAGCCCACCGACAAGCCCUCCUUCAUCCAAGGAGGCUCCAUAUCCCAGGGAACUCCCGGCACAUACCUGCCGUCCCAUGCUGUCUACGGUCCGGAGGGGACUAUGAGCGCAGUGGGUUCCAUCUCUUUAGGUCUGCCUCGGCAGCAGGAUCCUAACAAACCUGGAGCUGCAGUUCCAUCCAUGCAGGACGGCAGGGGCAACCCAGCAAAGAUGGGCGAGGGUAUGACUAAGAGAGGGUCCAUAACUCAGGGCACGCCAGCCCUUUCCCAGCCCAUCAUGGCUGCUGACCUCCUGAAGGGCACCAUCACAAAGUUGGCCACAGAGGACAUGAGCAACCCAGACAAGGCCAGGGGAGACCAGCUGUCUAAAGGUCAUGUCAUCUAUGAAGGGAAGAGUGGUCACAUCCUCUCCUAUGAUGCUAUCAAGAACCCAAGGGAAAACACCCGCAGUCCCAGGACACCCCUUGAGCUUAAACGCACUUACGACAUGAUGGAGGGACCCUUGGGCAGGGGACACCCAUUCGAGGGGUUGAUUAGCAGAGCCUUGCCCAGAGAAGGUCAACAUGGAGAUUCUAAGGAAAGACCAAUGAUGACUGGAUCCAUCAUGCAAGGAACACCUAGAACAGCUGCAGAGACUUAUGAAGAUGCCAUGAAAUAUGGAAAGCAGAUAAAGCGUGAGAGCCCUCCCAUCCGCUCCUUCGAAGGGGGAAUUGGCAAGGGCAAGCCCUAUGAGGGAGUCAACACCAUCAAAGAGUUGGGACGCUCCAUUCACGAAAUUCCCAGACAAGAGCAGUCCGGCCAGGAUGUCUGCAAGACCCCCGAAAUGUCAGACAGGAGGGGUAUGGAGGGCUCCAUGUCCCAGAUUCACCCUCACAACCAGUCGACCAUCAAGCACAACGUCAAGUCCCUGAUCACCAGUCCCAAUAAGCUUCCCCACAACAUGCCCCAGCUCGAUGCCAUGGAAAGAGCCAAAUACGAGGAGGGCAAGGCGGUCCGCCAAUCUGUGCUCAACUCCACCUCUGUCCUGCGCUCCACCCACCAGGAGGCUAACAAGUCUCAGCUUAGCCCAAGCAUGUACGAGGACGCCAACGCUCGCAGGACCCCUGUCAACUACAGCACCAACCCUGGGUCCAGAGGAUCACCCAUGAUGGGACGUACACCCGAGGGUGUUAUGAGCUCUGUGAAAUCUGCUGCACAUGAAAGAAAGAAUGCCAUGACCCCGACACAGAGGGAAAAUAUCCCUUCCAAGUCUCCAGUGACGGGCGGUGACCCUGUGGGCUCUCACAGCCCCUUCGACCCCCAGCACCGGCACAUUGUUCCUGGAGAAAUGUACCGAGCACACCUGCCUCCACACCUGGACCCCACCAUGGCCUUCCACAGAGUGCUCGAUCCUGCAUUCAUGUUCCCCAGGCAGCCGUCUCCAACCGGCUACCACAACACGUACCAGCUGUACACCAUGGAGAAUACACGGCAGACGAUCCUCAAUGAUUAUAUCACUUCCCAGCAGAUGCAAGUCAUCCGACCUGACAUGGCCCGAGGGUUGUCACCGCGGGAACAGCUCCCUUACGCAGCCGGACCCGGAGGGAUAAUUGAUCUAGCCCAGAUGCCUCCAACUAUCCUGUUACCUCACCCUGGGGGAACAGGUAAUCCCACUUUGGAACGCAUCGCCUACCUCCCCGGAGCUCAGCCCCCUUUCCCUUCUAGGGCUUUCAACCCAACCUCCAUAUCGCCAGGCCACCAAGCCCACGUUGCUGCCGCGGUUGCUGCCAGUGCGGAGAGGGAACGGGAGAGGGAGCGUGACCGGGAGCAGCAGGAGAAAGAGCGAGAGAAGGAAAGGGAGAGGGAGCAGCGAGAGAGGGACCGGGAAAUACGGGAACGAGAGCGGGAACGGGAGAGAACCAACGAAUACAUGCGCGGAGGUGGAGCAGAGCAGCCCGGCCGGCCAGGGAGUCGAGGUUAUCUGCACUCCCCCUCCCCCUCGCUCAGGACGCAGGAGGUGGUGGUUCAGCAGCGGCCUAGCAUCUUCCAGGGCAAGAGUGUCAUCACCGCUCUGAUGCCUCAAACAGCAGCAGCAGCAACAGCAGCAUCACAGAGCGGCUCUCGCUACAGCACUGCAGCUGAUGCUCUGGCUGCUCUGGUGGACGCUGCAGCCUCCGCUCCUCAGAUGGACGUCGCCAAGGUGAAGGAGAACAAACAAGAACGGGAAGACGAAAUGUCGAGGCGAGCAGUCAGCAUGUCCGAACAGCAGCAGCAGCAGCAUCUGCAGCAGCAACAGCAUCAUCUGCAGCAGCAGCUUCAGCAGCAGCAUCAACAACAACAGCAGCAUCAACAACAACAGCAGCAUCAACAACAACAGCAGCAGCAGCAUCAACAGCAUCAACAACAGCAGCAGCAGCAGCAUCAACAACAGCAGCAGCAGCAGCAGCAGCAGCAUCAACAUCAACAACAUCAGCAGCAGCAGCAGCACGAGGCAGAGAGGCGCUCCAUGCAGUCACCAUACGGUGCUAUGUCUUUGCCAGGGGGUAAGCCUCAUUCUGCUUACUCUGAGGGGCCCGGAGCUAAGGAUAAGGGCCCUCCAACGUCAAAGUCUCGCAUCGAAGAGGAGCUUCGGACUCGUGGAAAGACGACUAUCACAGCAGCUAACUUCAUUGACGUCAUCAUCACGCGGCAGAUAGCCUCGGACAAGGACUCAAGAGAGCGAGGCUCUCAGAGCUCAGACUCCUCCAGCAGCUUGUCAUCUAAUCGAUACGACAACACCGCCGGAGGAACCAUCGAGGUGAUCAGUCCUGCUAGUUCCCCAGUCCAACCCCAACAGGAGAAACCAGAGGAAGUGCAACCACAGGCAGCAGCAGCUGGCAUGCGGGCCUAUGACAUGAGUCGUUACCGGCAAUCUGCAGAGCCCCCCCAGCAGCCCCCCUCUUCCCAGGGUGAAGGCUACUCCCAGGUUCCCAAGACUCACCGGUUCAUGACCUUGGCAGACCACAUUUCGCAUAUCAUCACCCAGGACUUCGCCAGGAAUCAGGACCCUCCUCCCGUCUCCUCCUCAGCUUCGGCAACAUUCCAGAGCUCAAUGCCAUCCGUGUCCUCGUCAGGCCGGGCCAAGGGGCACAGCCGCUACAGUCCUGAGAAUCAGGGCCAGGCCUCUCACCACCAGAGAUCCACCAGCAGAGUUUCCCCAGAGAACGCCCCUGACAAGCCCAGAGCGAGGCCCGGUAAAUCUCCAGAGCGAAGCGGCAGGCAGAUGGAGAACUAUGAACCCAUUUCUCCACCACAGAGCUACCAGGGCAUGGAGAAACAGGAAGCGGCCGGGCAUCCACCCCAGAGACGAGAGGCUGAAAACUCUGAGAUCAGGAAUGACUCGCGCUCUCCGGGAAGUGUAAGCUAUCUGCCUUCCUUCUUCACCAAGCUGGAAAACACCUCGCCUAUGGUGAAAUCCAAGAAGCAGGAGAUCUUUCGUAAGUUGAACUCCAACUCUGGUGUCGGUGAUUCUGAUGUUGGAAAUGCUCAACCAGGCACAGAGAUUUUCAACUUGCCUGCUGUUACCAGCUCCAGCAGCAUCAACCCAAGGAAUAACUCAUUUAGUGACCCGGCCAAUAACCUGGGCCUAGAGGACAUCAUCCGCAAAGCCUUGAUGGGCAACCUGGAGGAGAGGCCAGAGGAGCAUCAGGGGGGUCAGUCUGCCAACAGCAACAACAACACACCCAGCGCGGGCAGCGAAGUCCGCCAGGAGGCCAACCCGUCUCCCAGUAUGGGGAAGCAGAAGCAGAGCAAAGCCAACAGCCGGAAAACCAAGUCCCCUAACCUGGGUCAGGCCUACGCCGGAGGGGAGCGUCCCUCCUCAGUGUCCUCCGUCCACUCCGAGGGAGAUUAUCACCGGCAAGCCCAAGCUCAACCCCAGUGGAGCUGGGACGACCGACCCUCAUCCACAGGAUCAAUGCAGUUCCCAUACAACCCGCUGACCAUGCGCAUACUGAGCAGCACGCCACCCACCUCCAUAGCUUCCCCCGCCAUUCAGAGCCAGCAGCAGCAACAGCAGCAGCAGCAACAACAUCAACAUCAACAACAACAACAACAACAACAACAACAACAACAACAACAACAGCAGCUGCAGCCGCCUCCUGCUGGAGCUCCAGUGGCCCAGCAGCGGGUGUGGCAGUCUCUGCUGUCAGAGCAAUACGAGACCCUAUCUGACAGCGACGACUGAGCCCCGCUCGCUACAAGCCCCGACAACCAGAAGAGAGCCCUCCCUGCACUAAGGCUUGUCUUUUCACCCCCCCCCCCCCCCCCCCUCUCCCCUCUCCCAGAACUAUCCUCGCUGACUGGUGAGAGUGACAAGUAGAUGGGGUGGUGUCCUUUUUAUUUUUGGUGCUAUGGCGCCCCCUGGCUGUUAGCAAAGAGUUGAAGCAGCAGCUAGUGACAGGCAGGGCUCUCCAGAAUGAGACUGGAUUUGGUCUGGAAGCACUCACCCAGCCUGAUGUAGACAUGAAACCCUGACCGAGUGGACGACGUGAGCUGUAGUAAAGAUGAAGAACUUAUUAUGUAAAAAGAAACAACAUAAGAGACUAUUUCUGAUUUUUGGGGAUUUCUGUAAAGAUAUACGUUGUCUUUAAGAAUCAUUGUAUGUAAAUAGAGUAACCUUUUGCAGUGUUUUUCUUAACUUGAUUAUUUCUUAUUUUAAUGUCGCUUUUAAAUUGAUCCACUUUAAACGAGAAGAGGAGGGGUGUAAUUUUUUCACAGUUGGUCUCUCCCAGUCCGCCCCACAUGACCUGACACCCACGCUAAUAUUUUUACCAUAGCAAUGCUGAGAGAGACCUUUUGGUUUGUAUUUGACCACGAAUGGAGUGCUACCCCCCACCCCUGCGCGCCAUCCACCAAGCUCCACCAGAGCCUGAACAUCGUGGACACAGAUGAACAAUUAAAACAGCAAUUAUUUUUUUUUUUUAUCUUCAUCACAUAGUGGAGAUGAUGCGUGGAUUGUAACUAUCAGAUGGCAGCGGAAACUUCUCACCCCGUUCUAGACAGAGACAUUUCUUCAAAACAAGUUGGGAACACUGGUGUCAUAGCAGAAAGGUGAAAAGUCUGAUAUAAGCUUAAUUUAGCCGGAUAAGAUAUGACUACUCCUGGACUGCGUCUGAGUAAUUAAAGUGAGCCAAUGCUUUUUUUUCAAUAGAGCUGACCGUGGUGUUUAGCUGUCUCUCUCUGCAGUUUCCAACCUGUCCAGAAUUAUCUGCUCAAAUGUUGUCAUGGUAAAAAAAAUAGUAAGUCAGGUUUUGCCAUGCCUUGUGACUUGAGAACGAAGGCAGCUUUAACUAAUUUUCUCAGAGAUAUAUGUUGGUGUUUGAUGUUUGUAUUUGUUUCUGUAGUCCUUCUUUUUUUUUUUUUUAUACUGUCCUGACAAAAAUCUGAACUCUGUAAAUUGUCUUUCCAUUACACAAAGACAAAACUAACCAAACAUAAAGAAUGGUCUGCACCAUUGUUGCACUUUUUUGCUUUGUAGCUUUUGACAAGAAAAAAAAAGCAUACUACCUGCUGUGUAACUUAUUCAACCUCCAGCAUAAGAGUAUACUAAGAUGUGCUUUAACCUUUUCCCACCACUCACAGAAAUCUGGAUGUUGAAACUUUCUGUCUUUUCUUGUAGCUGGUACAUGAUUUUGUAGUGUUGACACAUCACAGUUACAGUUUUAAGUGUUUGGUACCGUUAAAUGUUUGCCGUCAUGGUGGCUCAAAACCGUGAUCACUUAAUCUCUGCUUUCGUUGUGUCAGUCAAGAGGCAUAAAGCUUUGAAUUAUUAUAGGUCAAUUUCAUAAAUGGCAGUAACUUUCCGUUGCAGAUGGUGAAAAAUUACCAUGUUUUGUCUUUCAGCUUUGCUCAAUUAACAAAUCCAUUAUGCUCUAAACUUUCCUUUCUUUCCUUUUAUUUUGAUCUUGAAUCAUUUGUCAUAGCACAUGUUCAGAAUUUUUUUUUCAACAUCUUCGUCAUCCAUCCUGUUAAGGAGGGGAUGUUAUGUGUUUACAAAGGCAAUGACAAAAAAAGUUUACAAACUUGAAUCUUAGAGAAAUCCGACAUGAAGCCGCAUCUUUUCAGCUCUAACAAACUCGCAGUGGUGACUUUUUUUUGUUGGCUUUUUGAAAUUGAGACUUGAAAACCCGUGUAUCCUAUGAUGUUGAAAUGCAAUGUUUGUAUCGCACAAUGUCUCUUAGUAGGCUAUUACAAGAGUUCAGACCAAUCAAAUAAAGUGGAUCAGUUCUCCACCACUGAAAAA